AUGGCUCAGGGUGGCCAUAGCUGGCCAGGAGGGCAGUUUCAUCCCAAUGGCAUGGAACAUAGCGGCGCCAUUGACCCUAAUGCCGGGAACCUCACGUAUGGUAGUGGCCUUGGUUCGGAUACUGAGAUGCUCUAUAUGGAUGAUUGGAACACAAUGAACCAAAAUCCCGCCAACUUUGGAGGCCAGCCUCAUGCUGCUCCAACAGGUCAACAAUUCUACCAUGCACCGCAGUCAUAUUACCAAAACACCAAUGCCUUUAGUGACAGCAACCGCCAGAUCGACCAACGAACAUCGUCACCUGCACUUGCCUACGGAAGUAGCCUGUAUCAUGAGCCUGCGUAUCAACGACCGGCGCCUCAACAGCAAGAGCAACCGCAGCAUCCCCCGGCACAACAACAGUCGUAUCAACAAUUCAAUACCGAUCUGGGCCAACGGAAUGCUUCGGCUUCAACUAACAAUUUCCCCGACGGCUCAUGGCAACCACAAACGAACCACGGUGGUCAGAAUCAAUAUGCUCAGCAGGCUUUAGCAUACGAAAAUCCGCAAAAUAUGUAUCAACAGCACCUGCAACAGCCCUCGCAUGCACACACACCGACACCGCCACCAGCUCAGAGGGGCACUGGCCAGUAUCCCCUCAGCCAUGGCGGACCAGUGAACUCAAGACCGAAUGUCGUCACGCCACCUGCCUCGAAUAUUCAGGCUCACGCUCCUCCCCAACACCUUCAUCCGGGCCCUUCCGAAUACCACUUUCAGCCGAACCAGGGACAAGCCUCGCAGGUCACGUACCAAAAUGCACCCGUCCAUUCAGGUCCUAUGGCUCCGGCAUAUGCUAGCCAGGUACAAUUUGCGCAACCUCCUCAAAGCAAUGGUCACGCCAGCAAUGCCCCAGCAACGUCGCAAUCCCUUGGACAACAGCAAGUAUAUGCGGCACAGCAUUCUGCAGGAGUUUCUAAGGCGCCAGUCACUCGUACCAUCAGCCCAAUGUCAUCGGGCCAACACGUAUCUGCGCCGUCUCCUGUCCCUUAUAUUUCCAACAUUUCAGCACCACCGGCACAAUCACAUAUGACUAUUCAGCAACAAUCCACGCAUAAUCCUGCCACAUUCACGGUCAUUCCAUCUCGUCCUCCUUUCGAUCCACUCUCACACGGUGGGUUCUCGCAGCUCGAUGGAGAAUCCAAUCUCUUCUUGUCAGAGGCGCCUGUAGAGAUUGAGUGGACAGACUUUGUCCCGGACGAUUCCUUUUCGUUCUCCGCACACUUCAACGCAAAUGAUGGUCCCCUCAUGCCAAAUCGACAGAAGCGACUACCCUGCGAGAUUCGGCGUGAUUGGAAGUGGUUACGGAAGCAGGAAAAGUCUGCUCAGAAUGACGCUCAAAGGCGUGCGAUAUUGCUGGAGAAGGAUAGGCUGGACCGAGAGAUGGUUGCAGUCUCUGGUGAACGAAUUGAACCAACAACCAAAGUUGGCGUCAAGAAGAUUGGCUCCAAAAGCGGCAGCAGGCCCACAUCAGCACCAAAGACUGGAAGUGACUCAUCUGACGACAGUUCGGACUAUGACAGCGAUUCUGAAUUCGAAGAAAGCGAGGAGGAUCAGGCAGCUCGCAAGAUCAAAGCGAGCGGCAGGCCAAGUGACCCUGUCAAAGCUAUCGAAUACGAUGUGGUCAUGGCUGUCUGGCAUGCUCCUGAGGAGGAAGCUCAACCCAAUUCCACAGCAAAUUCCAUCCAAGCAUUUGGUGCUCAUAUCGAAAAACUCUGGACUAAGAUCAAAGAUCUUAAGAAAGAAGUCAAGGCUGCCAAAGAAAAGAAGAGCAAGAAGUUGGAAUCUCUGGAAGUGGAAGUUGGGAAACAAAUGAAGCUCAUGCUUACAGCUAUCGAAGCUGUCACCAAGUUUGCGGAACCUUCGGUACUCGAAAACAUGGGUGGUAAUUCAAAGUUGGCUGUCAUUUUGUGGAAUGCUUUCAGGAACUCACUGUCUGCCAAGGACUUCAAUGGUCCCUUACCCAAGGCCAUCCUCUCCCUUAUGUCCCAUUUCACUACGAUGGAAAGAUCACUCGUAUUGGGCGUUCUCAAAGUCCCAGAGUACCACAAGAAGCACCAAAAGGACUUUGACAAGACCUGCCUAGGCUUUCUAGAUCAGAUCCAGUCCAAGGCAAAGGGUACUGCUGCUGAUACAGAGAAGAAGGCUAAGGAGCUAUCGACAAGUGAAACUAAGGAGCCUUUGAGUGCGCCAAAAAAGAACCCGGUUUUCAUGGCAAAAGACUUGGUCUCAGCAUCAAAGAAGGUAGUCUCCUCAGAGUCGAAAAAGGUGCAACCCACUGGCCCCGCUGUUCUAGAUGCUAGGAAGUCCAGUAACGUUGUCACGAAAAGCGUUGGAAGCUCGCCAUCCAAGAGGCCUCGUGAUGAGGAAGCCGAUUCCCGAGCGGCCAAAAAGGUGGCUGUCGAUGGUACUUCAGGUACAUCCGUCACCAAGCCCAGCUCUACCACUACUACCAAGACGACCACUGUUGUGCAGCCACGUGCAAAGUCUACCGGGUCGCUUCUUCCUGGCCGUACAGCUCGGCCAGCCGUCAAGCCCGCCACAAAGAAAGUCGAAUCGCAACAAUCAUCUAGCAGCCUGUCAACCAUCAGCGGUUUGCUGGCAGAAAUCGCCAAACCAAAGUCCCCUCCCAGGCAAAAGGAGGAACCUACCAAGGCUCCCGAGACAGAAGAAGAGCGGAAGCGCAGACUUCGCAAGGAAUCUCGUCGUGGACUCCGGGUCAUGUGGAAACCUGAUCACGAACUCGAGCAGGUUCGCAUUUUCCAGCACGAUGCUGCUGAGGAUGAAGGCCGGGCUAGCAACAUGGUGCGUGAUGCUAGAGACAAUCGCUCCGAAGGUCAGGCGCUCAAGCGAGCACUUAGCCACGUGGAAGAUCAAGACGGAGACGCGGAGAAGGAGGACGACGAAGAGGGUGCCAAUGAGGGUAAUCCCAAGGAGACUAACCUGCGACCGUGGCUCGACCCGCCGGCAGUCGAUUUUAUGCACAUCGACCAGGUGAAUCCAGGACAACGAGACAAAACCUUUGUCACUCGUGGAGGAGCCACAACUUUCCACACGGAGGAACAGCAAGCAAUGGAGAAGUACGAGCAAACCCAGUUCAUGGAAAUCUACACGUCAGUUUCAGAUAUCCCUGAAACACCAAAAUCGCCUACUCGCAAGGAAGUUGAAAAACCUUCUGUCCUUCCCCACGUAUCCCAGCUUCCUGCAGAUACACCCAAUCUGCAAGAACUCCACCUGCGCUGGACCGAAAUCGCACAGUUUGGAGCAGAACAAGCAACACAACGAAUGCUUCAACGACUGCGCAACAAGUCAACUCCCGAACGUGCUGCCAAAUUUGACCGACUUCUAGCCGAUCUACGAAACUCCUCGAUGAUGAGCCAAGACCGAAAUCAACCAUAUGCAUUUGCGCCAAGUGCAUCGCAGCAAGCCUACUCAUCAAAGCUUGCCGCCAUGACGCCAGCUGAGCGUGAUGCCGAGGUGCUUCGCCUUUUGAAGUCGGAUGCGGUUUUGAACUGGGUUGACAAGCACCCAGUCGACCCCAACAAUUUGCAGACUGCACAGCGACACGAUUAUGGCGACGCAAAGGUGCAGGCAGAUGUUGAUGCGGUUGAAGCGGUUGUCACAACAUUUUUGGGCAAACCAUACCCCGUCACCGAACCUCCAGAACACCUGAGGUCGAAUGCGGCUUAUGUCAAAGAGUGGCAGACUGGGUAUGAUAAGGACAUGGCAGAUAGAUCAUCACACGAUGCAACAGCACGCGCAAAGAAACUCGCCGAAGAAUUUGCCCGAGUCAGUGCGGCAUCCGUUCCCCAAACAGCACCCGUGCCUGCCACAACCCAGGCUACACAGGAUCCCAAUGCGGCGGCGUGGGCUGCGUACUUUACACAGAUGGCUCCAGCACAACAACAACAAGCCCAGUCGGCACAGGGGCAGCAGCUUACAUAUGACCAAUACGCCGCCAUCCUCCAGCAGACACAGGCCCUACAGGCUCAGCAAGGUGGCCCCGGUGCACAAGCUCCUGGAUUGCAGUAUCCGCAACAGCCACAGCCGGCGCAGCAAGAUCCGAACGGACACAUUGGUGCUCUACUGGCUGCGCUCGGAGGUCAGGCUAACCAGUCACAACCUGCCGUCGCAGCACAAGCGGCGCAGCAAGAUCCGAAUGCCGCUGCUUGGGCUGCCUAUUAUGCAUCCAUGGGCCAAGCGCAACAGCCCCCUGCAGCAGCAGCAGCAGCAGCACAACCACAGCAGCAGCAGCAGCAGCACCAACCACAACAACAACAUGCUUACCAGCAUCGCGAUCGCGACCGAGACAGAAGCAAUCGCAACUACAAUGGUGCUGAUGCCAUGUUGGACUACGGUCCAUCUGAGGCUGAUUCGCGCGACAAGGCGCACCGUGGCGGCCGCAAAGAGAAUAGCAAGGAUACCUUUCGUGGCGGCAAGGAUUACGACCGCAAAGGCAUCAACCGCUCGCUUAUUGGCACAAAGCCGUGCACAUUCUGGGCCCAAGGCAAAUGUGCCAAGGGCGAUCAGUGUACAUUCCGACACGACCCAAAUGACUUGAAAUAA